AUGACCCGGCCUGUUAAAAACCACACAGCACCCACUCAGGUACUCCUGGAUGUGCUCAUCUAUGCCAUUCUAGAUUUGAAUGAGAAGGACCAGAAAUUUGUUUCGUAUGUUUGGGUUGACAUGCUUUGGUUCGAUGAGUUCAUUUCUUGGUAUCCUCCGGAUUUCUGUGAUAUUGACAAAAUUAUAAUCCCUUCUAAACAAUUGUGGAUACCAGACCUAACCAUUGAAGAGAUGACAGAGAAAGACAAGACCUCUGCGAGUCCUCAUGUAAUUGUUUUGAGCAGUGGUCGAAUCAGUCUUAGGAAUGACAUGAUGGUGAUCAGCACCUGCAAGAUGAAUGUUUACAAAUUCCCCUUUGACAAUCAGAGCUGCAACCUCACCUUCAAAUCUGCCAUAUACAGCAAUGAGGAAAUUCAUUUUUCUCAGAUUGGUAACUCUUCACGGAGCACUAAUUGGACUCUUUCGAUGAUUCGUUCCCAGUCUGAGUGGCUGCUCAUCAACAUGGACUUCACCAACAAAACUGUCGACAAUUUUGGAAUCAACCAGAGCAUGUUGGUCUACACUAUUCACAUGAAGAGGCGCUCUGUCCUCUACGUUGUCAACUUCAUGCUGCCCAUCCUGUUCUUCUUGGGUCUGGAUUUGGCCUCCUUCCUGAUCUCAGACAGCAGCGGAGAGAAACUGGGCUUCAAGGUCACUGUGCUGCUUGCUGUCACUGUGAUGCAACUUAUUCUGAAUGAAAUCCUGCCUAAUUCUUCAGACAGGAUCCCACUCAUCGCGACCUACAUUGUUGGAAUUUUUGGUUUGAUGAUGCUCAGCCUCACAGAGACGAUUGUGGUGAUGUAUCUGUUGGAGAAAGACUCGAAAGAAAACGAGCCAAAUGCAGACCAAAACCUGAGUGAGGACUGUGGAGACAAACGAGGCAAAAUCAGCCUUGAUGACUGUUUCAGGGGCAUUAAUACAUGGAUUCACUCUGCCUGUGUCUGUGAUGUGUCUGCUGGUAAAACACCACCCGAAGUGCUGCCAUUGCCCCAAGAGGGAAGCAGCAGCCAGCUGAUGGAGGAGUCCAAUGACUCCAAGUUGGGGGAGUUGGUGAAACCACCGUUUCUGCUCCUCAGCAGCAAGAAGGAAGAAGCAAAGCCUGCUGGCUACUGGAAGAGACACCAACAGCAGUACCCUACGUUCAUUCCCAACUUCUACCCCAGAAUGGUGAUCCCCUUCAUGACUCAGCCUUUGCCAGAUGUAGAGUAUAGGUCAACCACCCAACCCUUGAAUAUCAUUUCACAGAUCUCCAUCAAGAGGAGAGCUGGCCUCUACAUCAUCAACUUCAUGCUGCCCAUCCUGUUCUUCGUGGGUCUGGACUUGGCCUCCUUCAUGAUCUCAGACAGCAGUGGCGAGAAGCUCAGCUUCAAGGUCACUGUGCUGCUCGCCGUCACUGUGAUGCAGCUUAUUCUGAACGAUAUACUGCCUUCUUCUUCAAACAGGAUUCCACUCAUAGCAUCCUACUGUAUCGGGAUUUUUGGUAUGAUGAUGCUCAGCCUCCUGGAGACGGUUUUGGUGAUGUUUCUGUUGCACAAAGACACGAAAGAAGUGGCAGAAAAAGAACAAAGCAUGAUUGAGGACUGUGAGUAUAAAGAGGGCAAUGUCAGCAUAAAAAAAUAUUACACAGGUGAGAUUCCAAAGUUGAUAAUUGUAUUCACUGUGCCUCUCUGUGAUGUUUCUCCAGGUCAAACACCAUCUGAAGUGCUGCUGGUGGUCAAAGAGGUCAGGGAAAGCAGCAGCCAGCUGAUGGAGGAGUCCUGUGACUUUGAAAAGCUGUCAUAUGAGCUGAGGGAGUUGGUGAAAAUGCUUCUGAACAGCAGGACGGAAGAAGCAAGGCCUUCUGGCUACUGGAAGGAAGUGUGUAAAAAACUCAACAAAGAGUUCUUCAUCUUCUAUAUCAUCGCUUUAGCUCUGUUUUUAGUCUACAUGUUUUACAGGUGGAGUGCAGAAUAA